CUUGAACUUGAACAGUACAGUUGAACUGUGACCUUAGCCUCAGCACAGCAGCAGGAACAGCAGGCAGGCUCCUUCCUUUGCAAGGUCGGAGAAAGUGAAAAUGAUGAAUGUAACGAAGGGAAAGGCAUGGCUCUCAGGAGCUGUGCAGCUGCUGAACAAGCACUUUCGACAACAGAUGGCCCCUUCAGUCGCCAUGGCAACGGCAUCAUCUGAUGAGAAACCAUUUCAAUAUCAAGACAUUCUUGAACUUCAAUCUAAACAUGAUGUGCCAUACAGGAAGCUUACAGGUGACUUUGUGUCUACAAUGGAGGUAAAGGGAAAGAAGGUGCUGACAGUUGAGCCAGAGGCUCUCACUCUUAUCGCUGAGAACGCCAUGAUAGACAUUGCACAUUUGUUGAGGCCAGCUCAUUUGCAGCAACUGGCUAAGAUCCUGAAAGAUCCAGAAGCCUCCUCAAACGAUCGUUUUGUUGCCCUAGAGCUACUGAAGAAUGCCAACGUGGCAGCAGGCAUGGUACUUCCAGGAUGCCAGGACACAGGGACAGCGAUUUGUAUGGGUAAGAAGGGUCAGUAUGUGUGGACUAAUGGAAAUGAUGGAGAAGCUAUUUCUCGAGGCAUCUACAACACCUACACUAAGAAAAAUCUUCGCUAUUCCCAGGUGGCACCACUGGACAUGUACCAGGAAACAAACACCCGCACAAACCUGCCGGCCCAGAUAGAGAUCUACUCCACAGACUCGAACCAGUAUGACUUUCUCUUUAUUGCCAAAGGAGGUGGUUCUGCCAACAAAACUUUCUUGUACCAACAGACAAAGGCUCUCCUCAACCCAGAAAAGCUGUUGUCCUUUGUGAAUGAAAAGAUUAAGACCUUGGGAACAGCGGCCUGCCCACCUUACCACUUGGCUCUGGUGGUUGGUGGUACAUCGGCGGAAUUCAAUCUGAAGACAGUGAAGCUGGCCUCCACUAAGUACCUGGAUCCUCUUCCUACUUCAGGUAACGAGCACGGAAGGGCAUUCCGAGAUCUUGAUCUUGAGAAACAGAUCUUUGAAAUGACGCAGCAGAUUGGCAUUGGUGCGCAGUUUGGCGGGAAAUAUUUCUGUCAUGACGUGAGGGUGGUGCGUCUACCCCGCCAUGGAGCCUCCUGUCCCGUCGGCAUCGGUGUCUCCUGCUCCGCAGAUAGACAGAUCCUGGGUAAGAUCACAGAGGACGGAGUUUUUCUGGAGCAACUGGAGGCAAAUCCUGGCCAGUACCUGCCGGAAGUGGAAGACAAGGACCUGGGAGGGGACGUCAUUAAGGUGGACAUCAAUCAGCCCAUGCCGGAAGUGCAGAAGCUGCUGAGUCAGUACCCUAUUAAGACGAGACUGAGCCUCAGCGGCACGCUGGUUGUUGCCCGCGACAUCGCCCACGCCAAGCUCAAGGAGAGGCUGGACAGCGGUCAAGGUCUGCCUCAGUACAUCAAGGAUCAUCCAGUGUACUACGCCGGUCCUGCCAAAACCCCUGAGGGUCAUGCCAGUGGCUCAUUUGGCCCCACCACCGCUGGACGUAUGGACUCGUAUGUGGCAGAGUUCCAGAAGGCUGGGGGCAGUAUGGUCAUGCUGGCCAAGGGAAACCGUAGCAGACAGGUGACCGCGGCAUGUAAGCAGCAUGGUGGCUUCUACUUGGGCUCUAUCGGGGGGCCGGCCGCUAUCCUGGCUCAGAACUGCAUCAAGAAGGUGGAGGUGCUAGAGUAUCCUGAGCUGGGUAUGGAGGCCAUCUGGAAAGUGGAAGUGGAGAACUUCCCAGCGUUCAUUGUGGUCGACGACAAAGGAAACGACUUCUUCCAGAAGUGGCAGGUGGAGUGAUGUCCUGAUACGUGUAGGCACAUGGAUGUGUGCUCUCUCUCCCCAGUCAUGUCUGCUCUCGGUUAUUUAUGGUGUUUGUUAUGUUGUCGGUACCAUUUUUACCUUUACAGUUCUGGUAUAUAGGUAUGCGGUAAAAUUAGGUGCUUGUCAAUUUUUGGGCAUCUGGAGUUAUUGGUAUCAUCUUAAAGCUUGUUCAUUUGAUCAUCUUUUGAUGAAAAAAGAUACAUGCUUGUCUUGAUUAGAAGUCAAGAUAUUUGCGGUUGAAGGAGGUCGGGGUCGCAUGGUUUCAGAGGUUAAAUUAGCAAAAUUGCCGUCUAAGUUUAGGGAUUUCCAAAGCUUGGAAACUGAAAAUUUACAUUUGUUGUGUCUUUGAUUUAUGUUUUUUAGUAAAAUCCACUCAGAAAUAUGUUUUUAAAUGGACAUAAAAGGUGUUGAGCCACAAAACAAAAA